UGAAAUAUAAAAUGCUUUCUAUAAAGCUAAGACCACAAUAAAUAUUCACAAUAUGGAGCAGCAUACUAUAUUUGUAGUCUUCGUGUUUGGCAUUAUUAAUUCUGGGAAAGGGUACCAAUAUUUCCAAGGGCUUAUCCCAAAUGGAGAUCAGGUCCCUCACCCCUGCAAGGAAAACUACACUUGGAAUGGUGUGGGACAUAGGAACCCUGAAGGGGGAGGUAGUAGAAACCAAUUUGGGAUAGACUUCUUGGCAAAUGGAAAGAAAUGGAACCCUACUCUAUGUAUGAAAGACUCAGACAAGGAUGGUAUGAGCAAUGGCCAGGAACUUGGAGACCCCAGCUGUGUGUGGAGGCCUGGGGCACAGGCUAACAGGACAUCUGAUCUCUCACAUCCAGGAGUUUGUGAACCACUGGAUUCUGAAAUAUGUCUGGCCCAGAACCAAUGGGAAUUCUGUGACAGCAAUGAGUUUAAGUGUCCAGCACUGGAUGCAACAAAGGAUGUGCAUACAUUGACUUUGCGCUUUAACCAUACUAAGGUUCCAGCACAAAAGACCAAUUAUUACUGCCAGACAUUUGAUAUUCCCACUGACCAAGAUUAUCACAUAAUUGCCUCUAAGCCAAUCAUAAACAACACGGCAGUGAUGCACCAUUCUGUGAUUUUUGGAUGUUUAGGAGGUUAUGGAGAUGAUGCCGGGUCAAUGUAUAAUACUGCCUCUCCAUGUGGAAUGAGGCCAUCAGAUGAUAGGUGCACUCAGAUGAUUAUUGCUUGGUCAUUAGGCUUCCAUGGUCAAUGUGAGAAUGAAAGAAUGGGUUACAGAAUUGGAAAAACUGGCUACACAAAACUUGUUAUUCAGAAUCAUUGGAAUAAUCCAGAAUUACGAGAUGAUUAUUACGACAGCAGUGGUGUGCUGAUAUACUACACACCAAAUCUGCGUCCUUAUGAUGGGGGCAUGAUGAUAAUAGGCCAAACUAGUUUAAACAUACCACCCAACAUGCCUCUGUAUACAGCAACCAGUAAGAUGUCUAAGGUGUGCACCAAUUACAUCACCCAAGAUACUGGACCACUGGCAAUAGUCGGAAAUUAUCUUCAUAUGCAUUCCCUAGGUAAGUCAAUAAAACUGGAGCAGUAUACAGAUGGUAAGAUGAUCAGCUCUCUUGGGGAAGUCGAUGUCUAUCACUAUGACCACCCAGUGAGGCAUAUUUUUGAGACACCAGUUGAGAUUCAGAGUCAAGAUGAGGUAUAUCUGACUUGCAACUACAAUUCUACAGGAAGAAAUUCAACCACCAUUUGGGGUCAUGGAACAUCAGCUGAAAUGUGCUUAGCUUUUAUACAGUACUACCCAGUCAGCCACCACAUGCUGUUCAUUCUCAAUCAGGAUUCCAAGGAUUACUGUGCAGUUGCAGUGCGGGAUGCAGGGAAGCUGGGAGUUGUAGAAGGCUGCAACCUUGAUGAUUUCAUACAAACUCAGCUGAAUUCAAUAAUUCAUAAGAUAGAGAAUGUGUGUGAUGUAACAGGACAAAGCUGCUAUCAUAACUGCUAUACAUACAUGAAGGACCUCAUGAAAGACAAUGUAUGUGUAAGAGAAAACAAUGUCAUUGAUAUGGUUGAAUCCGCUACUUCCGACUAUCAGAAUAUCAAUGCAUUCUGGCUUGGAUUUAAAUCAUGUGAUAAAAGAAUUGCUGCUAAUGCGGCAACAACCAUGGCAACAACUCAUUGGGUGAAAACAACUGAUGAUAUUUCCAUGGUGAGAACUGUUGAGGGAGACACUGGUGAGACCAUAAUCGAUGAUAUUGCAGAUAAUAACGUGGCAACAACAGUUGGUCAACACUAAUAAGUUCAAAGUAGUUACCAUGGCAACAGCCGUUGGAGAGGAAACUCUUAAGGAGGCCUUUACUGAUAAAAACAAAGCUGUUACCAUCAGCAUCAUUGACCAUUAUAUCAUUAGUUUAACUGAAUAGUAUAAUGCAAAUAUUCAAUUAGAAAUCUAAGUAGUAAAGAAUUGAAAGUUCGAAAUAGACUUUCAUUUGCCAACCUCUCAAUAAGAUAUUGUUAUGCACACUUGUUCAUCCUAAUCAUCAUCAGCAUGGACUGGUAAGGUGCAGAGAGCUAGUUCAUCUAUUGAAAAAAUUAGAAAUAUUUUUUGAUAAUUUGGCUGGUCAAACUUGACAGGAAACCUUAAACAGGGAUUACCUAAGGAAAUGAUCAGAGAAAUUGAAAAUAAGCUGCAACAGUAUGGAAUGUUGAAAGAAUUUGAAAACACUUAUGAAAAAGAGAAAUGAGCUGUUUAUUCCUAUUCCACAUAAUUCUAAUAAAAGUGCUCCACAUUAUCUAAAUAACUUUCUAAAUAAUUCAAUUCAACAAAUCAUAGAGAUUCACAAGCAAUUAGUUAGGACAAUUUCACUUCAAAGCAACUGUUCCAAACUUUACCAAAUUGGUCUGCCCUUUGCCAGUCCAUUUUCGCAAACUAUGUAUUACAAGAACACAAAUGUGUACAAAAUGUCCCCACCAAGUGGUGAUCCC